AUGGACGUCGUCGACCCAAGCACUGGGAAGCACGGGUGGUCAAGGUGGAGGAGCUCACCGCCGAGAUCGCUGGGGCACUACGCGCUCAAGGCAUCCACAACACCUCCACGUGCUCAAGUCCAGAGCUCGCCGGAGCUUCAGAUCCAGAAGGAGAUACUGGGAGCAAGGUACAGAUCUGGAACUGGAGAUGAAAAAGCAAGGAGCCUUGUACUUCUUCUCACCGGCAGCAGCACGGGCAGGGGACCUCUGCUGAAAGCACAUGAGCCGGGGAGCUUCGGGCGGCAACACGAGCAGGGGAGGAGCACCAACUUUCAGAGGAGCAGCAAAUAA